CUUACAAAGGUCAAACUGUGUAACAAGUUAGUCCCUUGAACUAAGAACCGGAACUUCCGUAUUGCAUUUUCCAAAGAAAUAUUUUUCCGGAAUAUUUGUCGUCAAACAGUGUUUUAGUUUAUUCUUUUCAUUUCCGGUUUGCCGUAUCAACAUGUAAACAAAAAAAAGGCUGAAAAACUUUUAAUUAGUAAAUAUGGGUGCCUUCACUAGUCAGAUCCUGGUUCCAGAGUCUAAGGCAUGUACCCGUCACACCGAUCCCAAGAAACCAAACUGGAUAACUAUCCACGCUGUUGCCUCUGAAUUGAGUAUUGCAGAGGUGGAGAGACUUUGGCUACGAUUUAAACAGCUGGGAUGUACAGAUAAAGGAGAACUCACUGAAGAAGCUUUAGCUCAACAUACAAUCAAUCAAGAUGCCUUCUCAAGAAAUAUAAUGAAAAAGUUUGUAAAUCCCAGGACAAAGACAAUUUCAUUUGAAAAUUUCCUCAGAGGAUUAAAAUGGUGUGAGACUUCCACCACAGAAGACAAGCUUAAAGGUGUUUUCCGGAUGUUAAACAAUGGGAAUAAUUUACCAAAGGACAUUUUUAGAAAGAUUAUAGAGAGAGUGUAUGUCCAGCCAGAGGAUAAAGGGAAUAUAGAUCGAGUUGUUAAUACACUCUACCAAUUCAUGGACCCAGGGAACAAAGGGACAAUAAAUGAGGAGAAUUUUGUUAGAGGCUGUCUAAAAAUUCCACAACCUCUUCUGGAAGAGGCCUUGAACUUUGAACUUUUGCCCUCACAAAUGAGACAAGAACUUCACAGCAAACUUCCAGAGUUCAACAGUACAGGCCCCACCCCCGCCCCCAGGAGUAAUAUGGGAGGCCCCAUUCCAGAUGACAAGGUGCUUCAGAAAAUAGCAGUGAAGAUCCACAACAAGGACUGGGUCAGAUUAGCCAACAAACUGGACUUUGAAUUUGAAGACAUUGAAGAGUUCCAAUCCAGGAGUAAUGACCAACGCCAGCAGAAUCAAAGUGACAAGGUGUACGCUAUGUUAAAGUCCUGGAAGAACCGCGAAGGAAGUCAGGCCACAUCGUCAGUUCUGGCGCAAGCUCUACGAGAUUGUAGAAUGAAUGAUGCGGCUGCAUUACUUUAAACAUUGACCAUCUCCUUAUUAUACAACAGUUAAACAUUUACACAUAUUUCAGGACUAAAAAAUGUGCUCUGAUUUUUAUGAGUAGAUGCAAAGAAAACCUAAAUCCGUUCAUAUUGAAAUCUUCCACAUUUUUAGUCAUUGAAAAGUCCUUUUUAUGUUCAAUAUCUUUCUGAUGAUGCAUUCUGAUUUUUAUGAGUAUGUGCAAAGGAAUUUUAAUCCAUCCAUAUUUGAAAUCUUCCACAGGUUUAGAAAAUAAAUCAUUGAAAAAAUCUAAGUCUUGAGUAUGUUUGAUAUCUGUCUCUUUGGCUCUGACAAACCAGUUCAUC